GGACCGACUUCACUUCCGGUUCCCGGAACCUUCCAACAUGGCGAGUGGUGAGAGAGCCGAGAGGCCGCGGGGGGACAGGUACUCGGUGCUGCUGCCAACCUACAACGAGAGGGAGAACCUGCCGCUCAUCAUCUGGCUCCUGACCAAGUACUUGGACCAGAGCGGAAUUGAUUACGAGAUUAUAGUGAUUGAUGAUGGGAGCCCUGAUGGGACACUUGAUGUUGCCAAACAGUUGGAACAGAUUUAUGGAUCGGAUAAAAUUCUGCUGAGACCAAGAGAAAAGAAGCUGGGGUUAGGAACAGCAUACAUCCAUGGAAUGCAACAUGCCACUGGUAACUUUAUCUUAAUAAUGGACGCAGAUCUUUCACACCAUCCAAAGUUCAUCCCUGAAUUCAUAAGAAAACAAAAGGAAGGAAAUUACGAUCUGGUCUCUGGAACACGCUAUAGAGGGGAUGGAGGAGUUUAUGGCUGGGACCUGAGAAGAAAACUCAUCAGCCGAGGAGCCAACUUUGUUACUCAGGUAUUACUGAGACCAGGUGUGUCUGACUUGACGGGGAGCUUCAGGUUAUACAGAAAAGAAGUCCUGCAAAAACUAGUUGAAAGGUGUGUAUCAAAAGGCUACGUCUUUCAGAUGGAGAUGAUUGUCAGGGCUCGACAACUGAACUACACUAUUGCGGAGGUUCCCAUCACAUUUGUGGACCGUAUGUACGGUGUAUCUAAACUCGGAGGAAAUGAAAUUGUUUCAUUUUUGAAAGGACUGCUGUAUCUGUUUGCCACCACAUGAUGGAAGCUAAUAUUUUAACUGCAAUGUUGUAUGUCCACAGUGUGUAAGACAAUAGAUUUGUGCAUUAUUUCCCCAUUUCAUAGUCUCAUUAUAAAAUCUAAUGUUGUGUGUAAAGGAAUUAUAGAUCUUGUAGCAUACUUCAGUGAGUGAAGCUUGUAAAGUAUAAUUUGAAAUAAAUCAUUUCACUCUUUUUGAGCAAGUCUGCUCUUAAAUAU